AUGGAUGUGUUCCUCAUGGUCCGGCGCGGCAAGACCUCCAUCUUCACUGAGGCCACCGAGUCGAGCACCGUGUUCGAGUUGAAGCGCAUCAUUCAGGGUAUUCUCAAGCGGCCGCCGGACGAGCAGCGGCUGUACAAGGACGACCAGCUUCUGGACGACAGCAAGACAUUGGGCGAGUGUGGUUUCACCAGCCAAAUGGCACUGCCUCAGGCCCCAGUGACUGAGGGGCUAGCCUUCAGGGAAGAUGAGGCAUUUGAAGACGUGUGCAUGGAGCCCUUCUCCAGCCCACCCAAGCUGCCAGAUGUAAAGAAGCAACGGGACUCAGGAGGCAGAGCCAAUGGGCAAGCUGUGCAGUAA